AAGAAGACAAAGCGGAAAGGGAGGGAUUCAUGCGAGGAAAAGCCUGCUAGUUUUAUCCUAACAGCUUCGGGUAGACUGUUUUCUUUCACAGCCUCGUCCGGCAAACAUGGAGGGAGACGAUGAAUUCAUGAAGUACCGCUCCCCGCUGGUGUCUAGAUAUGCAAGCAAGGAAAUGGCUUAUAACUUCAGCGACAAGAAAAAAUUCACAACCUGGAGGAAGCUGUGGAUCCUGCUGGCCAAAGCUGAGAAGGAACUGGGUCUGCCGAUUACGGACGCUCAGAUCCAGGAGAUGGAGAGCCACGCCGAGGACAUCGACUUCGCCAUGGCCGCUGUAGAGGAGCGGAAGCUCAGGCACGACGUCAUGGCUCACGUUCACACCUUCGCUCACUGCUGCCCCUCCGCCGCCCCCAUCAUCCACCUGGGAGCCACGUCUUGUUAUGUUGGAGACAACACCGAUCUCAUUAUGCUGCGCGACGGCUUUGACAUCCUCCUCCCUAAGCUGGCGAGGGUCAUCGACAGGCUGGCAAACUUCGCAGAGAAAUACAAAGACCUUCCCACACUUGGCUUCACACACUACCAGCCCGCCCAGCUCACCACCGUAGGGAAGCGGGCGUGCCUCUGGCUGCAGGACUUGGCGAUGGACAUGCGGAACCUGCAGCGGGCCCGUGACGACCUGCGUUUCCGGGGGGUCAAGGGGACGACCGGGACCCAGGCUAGCUUCCUGCAGCUCUUUCAGGGGGACCACGAUAAGGUGGAGGAGCUGGACAGGAAGGUGACAGAAAUGGCCGGGUUCAAAAAAGCUUACCUGGUGACCGGACAGACUUACAGCCGUAAAGUGGACGUCGACUGUCUGUCCACGUUGGCCAGUUUGGGCUCCACUGUCCACAAGAUUUGCACGGACAUCCGUCUGCUGGCCAACCUGAAGGAAAUAGAGGAGCCUUUUGAGAAAGAGCAGAUCGGAUCCAGUGCCAUGCCCUACAAGAGGAACCCGAUGCGGGCAGAGCGCUGCUGCAGCCUGGCUCGGCACCUGGUGGCGCUGAUGGCCGACCCGCUGCAAACGGCGUCGGUCCAGUGGCUGGAGAGGACGCUGGACGACAGCGCCAACAGGAGGAUCUCCCUCCCAGAGUCCUUCCUGACCGCAGACAUCGUCCUCAGCACCCUGCAGAACAUCACCGAGGGUCUGGUGGUCUACCCAAAGGUCAUCGAGAGGCACAUCCGCCACGAGCUGCCCUUCAUGGCCACGGAGAACAUCAUCAUGGCCAUGGUGAAGGCUGGGGGGAACAGACAGGACUGCCACGAGAAGAUCCGGGUUCUGUCCCAGGAGGCGGCGGCUGUAGUGAAACAGGAAGGAGGCGACAAUGACCUGCUGGCCAGAGUCCAGAGAGACCCGUACUUCACCCCCGUCCUGGCCCAGCUGGACGCCCUGCUGGACCCCAGCACCUUCAUCGGCCGCGCCCCACAGCAAGUUGUGAGGUUCCUGUCUGAAGAAAUACGCCCCCUGCUGGAGCCCUUUAAGUCGAAGCUGGAUGUGAAGACUGAACUGGAGCUUUAAGGAUAACAGGCACACUAAUACCUGUAUGGACAAAGUUGAGAGAAAGACGGCUGAAUAAAAGUGUUUUUAAUUCUA